CCGAGUACUCGGGGAUGAAAAAGUUCAGAUCAAGUGGAGCGUGAAAAGGUUUUGGAGAGAUUCUUCGCUGUCUGCAGUACCGGCUCAUUUAACAUUCUGGAGAUACCUUUCCAAAUGGCCACCGCAGUAAUGCUGCACACUGCUGUGGCACUGACGAUGAUGCAUAUCUGGAAUAGCCGCGUCGGGGAUUGUCAGCCAGAACCGUCAGAAAGCGUGAAGCUGAGGUUGGUGAAUGGCGGCACUCGAUGUGAUGGGAGAUUGGAGAUUCAGUACAAAGGAAACUGGGGGACGGUGGAUGGUAACUCCUGGGAUAUGCCGGCCACGAAUGUGGUGUGUCGGCAGCUGAGCUGCGGCGCUGCACUGAAAGCCUAUGCUGGUAGUAGCUAUGGGGAAGGAUCCGGACCUGUUUUCACGCCGAACUUUCAGUGCAGUGGGAGCGAGGCCGCUCUUCAGGAGUGUAAAUCAGAUCCAUGGGGUGACACUGGCUAUUCACACAGUCGUGAUGUUGCUGUUGUUUGUAAAGAAAGUAGGAAGGUGAGACUGGAAAAAGGAGGCAGUCCAUGCACCGGAAGACUGGAAGUGAACCAUGAGGGAUACUGGAGACCUGUCUAUGCUUUGGGCUGGGAUAUGAAGGAUGCAACUGUGGUGUGCAGAGAGUUGAGCUGCGGCGCCGCGCUGAAAGCCCCAAACGAAUAUCACUUUGGAAAGGUUUUUGACAGAGUUAUAACCUAUAAUGUUAACUGCGACGGCACUGAGGCUGCACUGCGGGAAUGUGAAUCAGCAGAAUGGAAUUUCUACACCCAUCCUCGGCCUGACUAUGCCGGAGUUAUCUGCGCAGGGAAUGAUGUAGCACGGCUCGUUGAUGGGGACAACAGAUGUUCCGGCCGGGUGGAAGUUCAGCACGGGGACCAGUGGGGAACACUUUGUGAUGAGUACUUCAGCUUGGAAGAUGCUGCCGUGGUCUGUGAACAGCUACAGUGUGGUGCAGUAAAUGCAACUCCCAGAGAUGCAUACUUUGGCACAGGAAACGGGCCAAUGUGGAAGGAUGACUACAUUUGUUUAGGCAAUGAGUCCCGAUUAGCUGAUUGUCAAGUCUCAGCGUGGAGUCAGAUCAGCUGUUCGCAUGGAGAUGACGCCAGCUUGAUCUGCACCGAUGACAUUUGGUCUCUGCGGCUGACCGAAGGGGGAAGCCGCUGCGACGGCCAGGUGGAGGUUUAUGAUAACGGCAGAUGGAGCAGAAUCCAGGAUAACUUCUGGAAUAACAAUGAAGCCAACGUUGUCUGUAAGCAACUGCGUUGCGGUGUGGCCACAUCCUCCUACAUCGCCUCGGGGCACAGAGGGAAAGAAGGGCCCGUCUGGGUGACCGACCUUCAGUGUGAAGGAAGCGAAUCGCAUCUCCAAAAUUGCAGGAGAUCCAUAUUGAAUCGGACUUCCUCCGACAUCAUUGGCGUCGGCGUCCUGUGUUCAGGCCACUUGCAGUUACGUCUCUCCGGAAGUGAAGAUUCAUGUGCUGGUCAGCUAGAGGUUUAUUACCGUGGAUCUUGGGGCCUGGUUUGUGAUGACUCCUGGGAUCUGGUUGACGCUAACGUGGUCUGCAGACAACUGGGUUGUGGACAUUCUUUGGAGGAUAAAACUCACGAUUACUGCGGAAGACGCUCUCUCCCAGUUUUGUUAGAUGAAGUGAGAUGCUCGGCACGCAGCGACUACGGAGAUGUAAUAAAUAAAUAAAGCAGGAAAGGACGCCAUUGGGCCAGGAUGAACUGUCAAAAUGUUGAUAAUGCGUGAGAGCACACCUACGCAGAAACAAUCAACUUAUUCCCUACGUAUCUGGAAUGGUCAUAUUUCCCAUGACUAAUGUCAGAACGUUAAUCACCCUGAGUUCAGUAUUGAUUCUGCCUAAUAACUCUUCUGCCCUCGCUCCAGUGUUUACCCGUUUUCUUUACACAAACUAGGCAAGUAAAGAAUCACCAGUCUAUGCAUAGAUGCAGUUUGAUGGUCGACUGAUU